AUGGACUCAGUACUCAAUCCCAACCUUACCAACGACACCGUCUUCGCGAACGGCGUUCUCUACGCCGAUGGUGACAUCCAUGCUGAGGAAUUCAAGGUCCCAGGAGUUAACAACGGCGACCUCUUCCAAAUGCAAGAGUGUAUUGAGCAAGGAUUUGACUUCGUUGCCGAUGGCUCAAACUACACCGCCCUCUGCCACUCUCCCAAGAUGCUCGACGCCUACAACAUUGCGGAAAUGAAGGCUUUCUUUGAGUGUUUCAACUUGUGCAAAGUGGACUAUUUCGAAAACUGCGUCACCAUGACUCGCCGUGGCUUGUGGAAGGGGGUGUUGAAGGUUUACAUCCUUGCUGGUGGUUCCCUUGUCUCUUGGAAGCCCAAGCCCAAGCCCAUCGUCGAAGCUGAGGAGGAGGCCUCCGUCGCGACGGAUUGCAGCGCCGAGUUCGAUGAUGAUUUCGUUGAUAUCACCGGUCAGGGCAUGUCUCAGCAGACCCACAUCAUUUACGAGAAGAUUGUCACUCCCAAGAAGAUCGUCAAGCCCGUCAAGGUCACCAGUCAAGGAAAGCCCGCUGUCAAGGUCAAGGCUGAGAAAACCGUCAAGUUCGAGAAGGCUAUCAGCGUGGAGAAGGUCCGCUCCAUCGAGAAGGAAAACAAUGCCGCGAAGGCCACGGCGUCCAAGAAGAAGACCAAAGCGACCGGUAAGCCCCUCGUCAAGCCCACCCGUGCCACCCGCCGCAGCAACAGGAACAAGGACUAG